CGGUGGUGUGGGUCAAAAGAUGGGCAAGUACGCACGAGUGUCCACCGACACGAGCCCGGAGGUCCUGUACCGCUUGCUGACCGAGCAGUGGAAGCUUUCCCCUCCAAACUUACUGAUCUCGGUGACCGGAGGAGCCAAGAACCUAUAUCUGAAGACUCGUCUGAAGAAGACGUUCCACAGAGGUCUCAUCAAAGUGGCCCAGACGACAGGUGCGUGGAUCAUCACCGGCGGCACUCACACCGGAGUCAUGAAGCAUGUCGGCCAAGCGGUGAGGGAUUACGCCCUGAGCAGCUCCAUGCACAGCCAGAUCGUGGCCAUCGGAGUGGCGACGUGGGGAGUGAUCCACAACCGGGAGGCGUUGGUGCAUCCAGAGGGCUGUUUCCCCGCCCACUAUUUAAUGGACACCAAGGGCCAAGGUAGACUCUCCUGUCUCGAUAACAACCAUACCCACUUCCUUCUGGUGGAUGAUGGGACCCACGGGAAUUAUGGGGCGGAGAUCGAAUUACGGAGCCAUCUGGAGAAAUGCAUCUCUGGGAAACGUCUUGAAAUCAAAGAGAGCGACGUGACGAUCCCCCUGGUGUGUGUGGUUCUGGAUGGAGGUCCAGGCACGCUCAAUACCAUCCACAACGCCAUGUUAAACGGCACGCCGUGCGUGAUCUUGGAGGGCUCUGGCAGGAUAGCGGACGUGAUCGCUCAGGUGUCAGGGAUGGACAUUUCCAGGGUCACCAUCAGCCUCAUCCACCGGCUGAUGAAGAAGUUCUUUGGUCAAGAGUAUGAGAACUUCGAAGAGCUUCAGAUUAUAGAGUGGACCAAGAAGAUUCAGGACAUCAUUAGGAAACCUCACUUGCUGACAGUUUUCAGAGUGAGCCAGGACAGUCACGGGGACGUAGAUGUGGCCAUUCUUCAGGCAUUACUCAAAGCUUCGAGGCACAUCGAGUCACUGGGAGUGGAGAGCUGGAAGAGGCAGCUGGAGCUGGCUAUAGGCUGGAACCGAGUGGACAUCGCCGAGACUGAGAUCUUUACUGAAGAGAGCCAGUGGAAGUCCAGCGACCUCCACGGGGCCAUGUUCUCUGCCCUGGUGAGCAACAGGCCCCAGUUUGUGAGUCUGCUGCUGGAGAACGGCGUCAGUCUGUGGGACUUCCUGCAGGACGAGGAAACCCUGUCCAAGCUCUACAAGCAGCUGCCCAGCUGCUUCUUCCUGUCCAAGCUGGCCAAGCGGGUGCGUGACGCCCACCGCACCAAGGGGAAGAAGGCGCUCGGCAUCAGGGCCAGGAUGAGCAGAACCCAGGGAGAAACCAUCUCCCUGACCUGCGUGUCUGACGAGGUGCGCCACCUGCUGGGGAACUUCACCCAGCAUCUGUAUCCUCCCCACGGCCAUGAACACCACAGGUUCAACAUGCCUCUGGACGACUCCCCACAUUCUAUCAAAGAGGACCAAGCCAAAGCGCAGAGGGAUCCGGGUCGGGACCUUUUCCUUUGGGCCGUCGUCCAGAACAACAAGGGACUGGCUGAAAUCGCCUGGGAACAGUGUAGAGACUGCAUGACCGCCGCUCUGGCUGCCAGUAAGAUCCUGAAGACCAUGGCAGAGGAGGGAAGUGACGCAGACGAGGGAGCGGCCAUGCUGCAGCUCGCUGAUCACUACGAGAGACAAGCAAUUGGUGUGUUCAGUGAGUGCCACGUCAAUGACGGGGAGCGGGCCCAGAAGCUCCUGGUCCGUGUGUCGCACUCGUGGGGGAAAACCACGUGUCUGCGGCUGGCGCUGGAGGCCGACGACAAAAACUUUGUAGCUCAGUCGGGUGUUCAGGCUCUUCUGACUCAGAUCUGGUGUGGGGAGCUUUCAGUGGACAACCCGGUGUGGAGAGUGCUGCUCUGCAUGGUCUUCUUCCCUCUCAUCUACACUGGCUUCCUGGUCUUCAGACGGGAUGAGCUUAUCCAUAAAGAUGCAGCCAAAAAUGAGGAGAUGAAGACGGUGGAGUCGGUGACAGGGAACACACUUCGAACUAGCGCUCAUGUCCCCCUGCAGCGACUGAAGCCUCUGGGCCGCUGGGCCAAGCUGGUGUGCCUGUACAAAUCCCCGCAGGUCAAGUUUUAUGGGAAUAUUGUCUUUUAUUUCGCCUUCCUCUUCCUGUUUGCCAUGGUGCUGAUGAUGGACUUCCAGGACACGCCCUCUGCUGGAGAGCUGCUGCUCUACGUCUGGCUCUUCUCUCUGGUUUGUGAGGAAGUCAGACAGCUGUUUCACGACCCGGACGGUUUUGGGUUUCGGAAGAAAGCCAAGAUGUACAUCAAUGAGCUGUGGAACAUUUUAGACGUGCUCUCCAUCAUCGUUUUUUUAAUCGGUCUGGCAUUUAGGCUGACCAGUGGGCUGUUCUACGCCGGAAAAGUCAUCCUCUGCAUCGACUUUGUGGUCUUCUGCCUCCGUCUCAUGGCCAUCUUCACCAUCAGUCGGACUCUGGGACCCAAAAUCAUCAUCGUCAGGAGGAUGAUGAUGGACUUGUUCUUCUUCAUGUUUCUGCUGAGCAUCUGGGUGGUGGCGUACGGCGUGGCCAAGCAGGGGAUACUCAUCCACAACGACAACCGGCUGGACUGGAUUGUCCGCGGCGCGGUUUAUGAGCCGUACCGCAUCAUAUUUGGAGAUUUCCCCACCAACAUCGAUUACGCUGCCUUCGAAAUCGACAGCUGCACCAUGGACGGCACAGAUCCUCUGAAGCCCAAGUGUCCGGUGCUGAAUGAAAAUAAUACGCCCGCCUUCCCUGAGUGGCUCACCAUCAUCAUGCUUUGUGUUUAUUUGCUCUUCGCCAACAUCCUGCUGCUCAACCUGCUGAUAGCGAUUUUCAACUUUACCUUCGAGGAGGUCCAGGACAACACGGACAGGAUCUGGAAGUUUCAAAGAUACGAGCUGAUAAAGGAGUACCACAGUCGUCCGGCGGCCCCUCCGCCCUUCAUCAUCUUCAGUCAUCUCUACCUCUUCAUCAGGGCCGUGGUGCUGCGGAAGCCUUCCAUCGUAUACAGAGAGUUCAAGAACGAGCUGUCUCAGAUCGAGGACGAGGAGCUGCUGUCCUGGGAGGCCCUGAUGAAGGACGUAUACCUGCAGUCUGCGCAGCAGGAGCAGAGCCAGAGCGUGGAGCGGCGCAUCCUGGAUACGGCCCAAAAGGUUACCUCCAUCAACGACCGGCUGGAGAGAGAAGAGGAAACCGUCUCCGCUGCCAUGGCGACCCGACUGGCCCGACUGGAGGAGCAGGUGAUGCAUUCGACCAACGCCCUGCAGUGGAUUAUGGAAAGUCUGAAAUCUCAGGGCUUCUCUGCUAAAGAAACUCAAACUCCUGGCUCAGCCGCAGCUGAUGAGACCUCCGACCCUCUGAGGAGCAUGGCGGAGAAAGAGACGGGCUUCCAUGUGAAAUGCCGUCAGGUUCACUACCCCAACACCAGAGUCACACGCUUCCCUGUGCCUGAGGAGAAAGUGCCUUGGGAGGUCGGUUUCAGCUUAUACAUGCCGUCUGAUGCCUCUGGGGACGGUGACGAACAUGUGGAUGGAUCAGAACCAGAAGCCUUAGAUAAUUACAGGAACCCGGGCGGGCGGACCGGCGUCAGGGGACGAGGUGCGCUCAGCCGCCUGGGCCCGAACCUGAGCGUGGAGGUCGUGCUCACACGCUGGCAGGACAGAGAGAGGUUUGUUCUGGAGUACUUGGCAGUUUGGGACGACGCCCGACGAACUCUGGAAAUACCUGAAGGAUGGGUCGACGCUGCCCAUCAGCUACCAACCACUCUGAAGAGGACCAUGGGAGAGAAGCUGUAUGAGAAAAUAAAUGCACUGGCACUAGAGGGAACAAAGGUGUUUGAGGGCUAUGUGGACGACUGCAGGAACACAGAUAACGCCUGGGUGGAAGCAUUAGUCCUAAACAUUCAUCUGUCCAGAACAAGCGAGCUGUUGAUGGACAUCAACAACAUGGUGCUGAGCAGCCAUGGCGCUCUGCAGUGGCAGGAGGUGAGCGGUAAAGCCCGACUCAGCUCAAACCAAAGAGAGUCGCUGCGAAAGGUCGCCGCUUUGCACAACUCGAAGUUCUGACGUUCAAGCGCCACGGCAGCUGUGAACGUGACUCCCAGUCCACAGGUCGACCCGUCUCUGUGGCCUUUAGUCGACGCUCAUGGAGAUGAACUCGAAUGCACUGGAAUCAAUGAUUAAAACAGACUGAAGACACUGUGAAGCCAGUGUGCCUGUAGAUGCACUGAAUGAUUACACCAGAUCACACGUGAUCCUUUAAUCAUCCUCAGAGGCGCUUCUGUUACAAUCAAAAGCCAUUUAAUGGAAAAAUAGAUAUAAAUAAUGUAGAUACCCCAGCUCCUAACUCCAUGAUUCAAAUGUGGGAACCAGGGAAUUGAAGUAGCAAACACAUAGUUGCCUUGCACGAACCACACAGGGACGAAAAUGCAAUGAUCAUAAAAAAAAGACAUAUAUUUGUAACACAUGACCUGUGUGUAGAGUCUGAUAGAAAUCUUAUGGUCAAAGGAAGGAAGGAUUUCAUACAUCUGUUUUUUAUUUGUUGGAGAAAGGCAUGGAAUUCCUGACUGGUAACGUGGCCGGGAUUACCCGUGGAUCAGUGGAUGGAGCAGGUCAGCUUCUAAUCCAGAGGUUGACCGUUCAAUCCCCUGUACAUAUGUCAAGGUGUCCUUGGGCAAUCGCCUUGCAUGGCCGCCAUCACCUGUGAAGUGUGUGUGCAGAUGCUGUGGGAAUGGGUAAAUGUGAUGGCUCAUGUAAAAAUACACUGCUGUUAGGGUAAAAAUGGGCUGAAACCACCACGUUUUCAUUUUCAUGAAAUACACUGAAUAUCCACAUCACUGUAAAAACUGCUGAAUGUUAAUGUAGAAAACAGAACAAACUUAUAUUUACGUCAUAUAUUUAUGAUAAAACAGGAUAAAAAACUGCAAAGUGGUCUUAAAUAACUGGAGGCAUAUAAUAAUAAUAAUAAUAGAUAAAGUAUUCACAAGACAAUGCAUUCCUGGAAUUAUAAGAGAAAUAAACCAAUACUUGACAUGAAUGUAAUGAUGCACAGUUGUGACCAGAAUC